GCGAAGGCGGAACCAAGCCCCGGACUGGCCAAUAGGAACCGGGAGCGGGGUCCCGGGACUAGAAGAAACGGCGGCCGGGAGGGGGCGACGGGAUCAUGGGGCUUCUGACCAUUCUGAAGAAGAUGAAGCAGAAAGAGCGAGAGCUGCGGCUGCUCAUGCUUGGCUUGGACAAUGCUGGCAAAACCACCAUCCUCAAGAAGUUCAACGGGGAAGAUGUGGACACCAUCUCCCCAACACUGGGCUUCAACAUCAAGACCCUAGAGCACCGGGGGUUCAAGCUGAACAUCUGGGAUGUGGGUGGCCAGAAGUCUCUGCGCUCCUACUGGAGGAACUACUUUGAGAGCACAGACGGCCUCAUCUGGGUGGUGGACAGCGCCGACCGCCAGCGCAUGCAGGACUGUCAGCGGGAGCUGCAGAGCCUGCUGGUGGAGGAGCGCCUGGCUGGAGCGACCCUCCUCAUCUUUGCAAACAAGCAGGACUUGCCUGGAGCACUGUCCUCUAAUGCUAUUCAGGAGGCCCUGGACCUGGCCUCCAUCCGCAGCCACCACUGGCGCAUCCAGGGCUGCAGUGCCGUCACCGGGGAGGACCUGCUGCCUGGCAUCGACUGGCUCCUCGAUGACAUUUCCAGUCGUGUCUUCACUGCCGACUGAGCUUCCUCAGUGUCCCCAGCUCACUGUCCAGGCCCCUCCCCUCAUCAGACACCAGCUUUGGGGGACAGGCGCCAGCCGGCCAGACUAACACUCCCAACCCCGCCGUGAUCUGCUGCUGCUACUGCUACCCACUGCUGCUCCCCUCUAGGCCAGGGCUGUCACCCUGGCUUCCAAAGUGGCCUCCAGCUGCCAUGCCAAAAGGAAAGGCUGAACUGGGAGGGACUACCUGCUGCUACCAAGGUCCUAGGUGUCGCCUCUGUCCAGCAGUGAGAAUAAAACCUUCCUUUCCCAGUU